AUGGGGAAGAGUAGAGUCAAGUGAUUCAAAGAAUAGACAGAGACAGCUUACUUUCUUUUCCAAAGUAUUGUUUUCUUUUCCUCUUCAUACAAUCAAUACUUGCUGUCCCAAAACUUUCCCAAUAAAGAUCAUAGUAUUUUUCCGACAAAAAACCCAACAAUGAAAAACCAAAAUCCACAACCCAACUCCAAUUCCAAUUCCAGUCAUCGGAAUCUCCAAAAACAGAACAGCCAUAUAUCAAUGUCGGACACGGAGUCACAAGUGAGUCAACUCGACUCUUUCCACUCACCUCUCCGAUCCGAAUCACCAUUGCGUUCCGAUGAACCUUUCAACGAACCCCGCAACCCCAAAUCAUCCCCUUCUAAGGCUAUCGUCGCACUAGACAAGUACUUCUCCCCCAACUUGACUUUGCCGCCGGCCACACCGCCCCCGCCGGCGACGGAAAGGAGGUCAUCGCCGGUGGUGUAUUUUAGUAGGGCGGUGAGGGAGGAUAGUGCAACCGGGGUGGCGGCGAAAGGAGGAGUAAGGGGUGACGUGGAAAGAGGGGGGCAGGUUGGUGGUGAACGGCGGUCGAGGGCGGCGGUGGAGUCGAUACUUGAAAGGUCGAAAAGGGAUGCUGUUGCCAACAGGGUGGCGUUAGGGUUUAGGGUUUGUGAGAUCGUGUUUUGCUUGGUUGCAUUUUCGGUUAUGGCAGCUGAUAAGACUCAAGGUUGGACUGGUGAUUCAUUUGAUCGCUACAAAGAGUACAGGUAUUUGGUAGCUGUUAAUGUUAUUGGAUUUGUAUAUUCUGGAUUUCAAGCAUUUGAUCUAGCAUACAGUUUGUCAACUGGGAAACACUUUCUCUCACACCAUAUGCAAUAUCAUUUCGAUUUCUCAAUGGAUCAGAUACUGGCAUAUCUUCUUAUGUCUGCAUCCUCUUCUGCUGCAACGAGGGUAGACGACUGGGCAUCAAAUUGGGGGAAAGACUCGUUCACAGAAAUGGCAAGUGCAUCAAUUGCGAUGUCUUUCCUGGCUUUCGCCGCGUUUGCCUUAAGCUCUAUCAUAUCUGGUUACAACCUCUGCAACCGUAGUUCCUCGUGAUCUUGAAAUCAGUUACAAGUAUUCAUCCAUUGCGUAAUUUUGAGAUAUAUCGCUACGUAAAAUAUGUAUGUCUAGUGGAUCACAAGUUGUACAGAUGUAGUUGAUAGAUUUAGCAGUAUAUUUUUUUCUUCCCGCUCUACUUUCUUCUUGCAGAGGAAUAAAGCAUCCAAAUCCGGUUAGCAAAAUGUAAUGUUGAGUACAUAAAAAUAAUUAUGUCAAAUAGGCGUAUAUUCUUUUCGA